AUGUCCCUGUCCAAAGAAAGAUCGGUAUCCGCAGAAUUGACGGUAGCCGCCGCCGAGCAGAGCCGCAGACAGCCGAAAUGCACCCGGUGCCGACACCACGGGAUCAUCAUCCCCAAGAAGGGCCACAUGAAGCACUGUCCCUUUCUCCAGUGUGACUGUUGGGCGUGUUAUAUCAUCACCCAGCGGACUCGGAUCACCGCCGUCCAGCGAAAUCAGAAGAAAAAUCACCCCAAAAGUAAAGAGCAGCGACCCGGCGGACACACCGGAGUCACCGUGGUGAAAGAAGAGGUUGAGGGGACUAGUAGCGCCGCGGCCCCGGGCGGAGGCGCUCGUCCGUCGGCCACGUCUGGACGCGUGUGUCUCCCAGCGGAUGGGGCCUCAGAGCGAGCCGCCACCAACGCCAGGAGCCCCCUGGAUCUCCGGAGCGGAGCUGCCGCGGGAAGAGAGGCUACGGCCGGUUUGGACUACGGAAAAGUGCCCUCAGCUUCCAGCGAGGAACAGACAU